UGUGACAGAUGCCCUCGCGUCAUGUGCUCUAUGUGCAUGAUCAUCCCCUCUACACUGGCACCAAUGCUCUCACACGAUGCUGUCAUGUUCAGGUGCAUUUGCUGUCAUGUUCAGAUGCAACAAGGCGAUCACAUGUAUUCUCCAUACAUGGGCUUCUACCACAAUGACAAGCCCAUAUUAACCGACUUCCUCUGCAUCAAUGCUACUCUGGAGGUAUAUCUCAAGUCCCAACUAUCCUCUGUGUCGGUCUUAUUCGUUCAUCUCACGCUUGUCAACAAUGAUGCCAGAGUGGGCACAUUUGAACUUGGAUACCAAUUCCUUCGUCCGUACUUCCUGCAUGGGGGAAUCACGUUUAAGGAAAUUCAAUUCGACAUCAGCACUGACUCCAAGAUCAACAAGUAUGAAUCCAUGACAGAUAGCUUCAAGUCUAUUCUUGUACAUUAUAAGAAGGACUUUCUGUCUCUCAAAGAUUCGAAAAAGAACCGAUCACAUAUAAUCAAGAAAAUUCGAAAGGCUAUACUUGCAGCCCACAAGGAACAAGGUGAAGAAGUAGCUUUGCCAGGUUCUUUGAAAAAGGUAAUCAAACAGUACUAUUCCAAACAAAUCUCUGAAGACAAGGAAUCUGAUUUGGAGGGAGAUGCGAAAGAAAGAGAGGCUGCUGCCCGUCCAAAAGAAGCUUCAUUUUAUAAGAAGAGGCUCACUGACUGA